GAGAGAGAGAGAGAGAUAGCUCGCUAUGACGGAGAAAGAGAGGGGCCCCGUCGCAACACACGCGGCGGCGGCACAGUGCGGACGAUCUCGCUCAUUGGUUAGACGGACUGCCGAGACGCGAGCGUUCAUUGGCUCGUAAUGCUCGUCACGUGAUCGAUAACGCGCGUGACCCGAGUUGAGCUUGUCGCGUUCCGAGUUCGAAUUGAGUUUUUGGUGAAAAUUCUUAUGUUUGUAGUUACGGCGAAUUUUUCGUAGCAACUACUCAGUAGUUCGAACGAAAAACUUCGAUCGUCCUUUCUUUCCCUCGCGUUGUUGCGAGUGUCAUGAUGAUUAUUGAUUUUACGCUCGUCUGGAUCCUUCCGUCCAUUUCCAUAUACUUCGUUAUCGAAUGAAAAAGUGGGAGGGGAACGUAGAGUUUUGUUUUGGCGUACCUAACCUUACCAGAGGUAAAUAGUCGCUGAAGGUGCGCGUAUAUGGUUCCUACACCGUAGAUUCGGUGUUUUGAGGCUAAAGUCAAUUGAAGCUUUACAAAAUGUUGCGCGCAGGAGCUGGGACGAUUCGUUUUAUUUCUACAAAUUCAGCAGCCCCACUGAGGACUAAGAAAGGGCGCUUGCUAGAAUCUGUGAUAAGGGUAGAUCAUGCUGGAGAAUUUGGAGCUGAUAGGAUAUACGCUGGUCAAAUGGCUGUACUAGGGAAUACAUCGGUUGGUCCAACAAUCCAACACAUGUGGGACCAGGAGAAGGUUCAUAGGCAAAAGUUUGAAGAACUGAUAAAGAAGCACGGAGUCAGACCCACAGCUUUGCUACCCAUCUGGAAUGUGGCAGGAUUUUUAUUAGGCGCCAGUACAGCGCUCAUGGGACAAAAAGCCGCGAUGGCUUGCACUGUAGCUGUGGAAGAUGUCAUUGUAGAACACUACAACGAUCAAUUGAGAUCGCUUAUGGAAAUCAGCGACGAGAACGACAAGGAGAUACUCGACACCAUCAAAAAGUUUCGAGAUGAAGAACAGGAGCAUCACGACGUGGGAUUAGAUCACGGAGCGGAGCAGGCUCCUUUCUACGAAGCUCUCACCAACGUUAUCAAAGUCGGAUGCAAGACAGCGAUUGCAAUAUCUAAAGUCGUAUAGGUAGUGAGCUCUACGGGGUCGAUUCAUUAUACCGGAAGAAUAUUGCUACUGCGGAGAGAAAUUCGUCGGCGAUGUCUAAAACAUUUCAGUAUUAUGCAAAGCAUCGACUCACAUUGUCCUAAUUUCUCUUUGCAAAAGCGAACUUUUAUCUACGUUUUUCUAUUCUAUAAGCAACAAACUACAUGUGUAUAGCCAAAGGAUGUUUUUAUGAUACUCUACUUGUGUAAAUAAAAGAAAAUGUUUUGCAUACAUCGGUGCAGAAUAUUUUUACGUACCUCCUUCGCAGUAGGGUCCUUGAAAUCCUGGAGGACACGAGCAGACUCCAGGCGCCGUGCAGUUGCCGCCGUUCAUGCAGUUGGGAUAGCACAGGGCUUUUUUGCAAUGCGGUGGUCCCAUGUAGCCGUCCGGACACGGGCCUGGAUUCGGCUCUGCAAUGGAAUGACGAAAUUAACGCUCUCUUUCGCGGAAAAUGCAGAGCAAAGUGCCAUAAGUAGCAGAAAACGAACGUCUUCCGAAUUGUAAUAAAAAUACUUGGAAACGAAAACAAAGUCAUCUCUGACGAGAUGAAACGAAUACUUUUGGCAUUUCGUUCUGCAAUCACAGAAUUGUAUCUCUAACAGAAAACAAACAUCAAAUCUACAUCUUCAAUUUGAUGUACACUCGAAACUGCUAUUUUUAUAUCAAAUCAAAUCUGUAUAUUAUACUAUCUGCGCGCACACAUCGAUGCAUCUCGAUUGAACUUGAGCAAUAUGUACUGUGCAUAAUGCACACGCCCAAAUGCAAAUCUUGUAUUCGAUCUGCGAAGUAGGAAAUCACGCGGUGUUCAUAAUUUCCGGCCGCUGGCAGAUAAGCCGCGCACACAACGCACCGCUUUAAUCUCCAAGUGCUUCUCGGAAAGAAAACGUAUCUAUAGUUUUUUGCACAAGCAAUAAUUUUAUCCAUCAGAAAUCCGAGCACCUAAAAAGUGCAUCGUACUCUUCGUGAACUUGUCCUCGCACAGUCAGUCGCAAAAUUCAACGCGGCACUGUUUCGUCCGGUAUAAUUAGCUCGAUUAAUUCUCAUUUCGGUCAAUUAUAUUUCUCUCUCUCGCUUGCAUAUGUACACCGCAAAACUCAAUCAAAAGCGCCUCUGUAUGCGGCGGAAGGCCGGACGUUUCUCCUUUCGCAAAUUCUCCUUUAUCGCGGCUCGAGAUGUGACUCGUAAACUGCUGUAUUUCACUGCGUUUCACCUGGUAGAAAGUUGACCGGCUGAGGCGUAAAUCGGAAAUUUUAAAAAUAUCGCUUUACGACUCGAAAAUGAAUUCUUAUAAAAAAGCGAGAUCAUUCCGAUCGACUCUUCUACCAGGAUUGGCCUGUAUAUCAAUUUCAUCAUCGAAUCGCGAUUUUCCAAGUAUAAACAAAAAAAAAAACUCUUCGUUUCUAUCAUAGCAUAGAGAUCGAAGCAUGCAGCACAAAUUAGUGACGAUGAUUUAUACUGGUGAUACAGAACUGUAUGUGUGAGUGGAGAAGUGGUGAUCGUGGGCGCGACUGACGCACUCACCGCGCACGGCGCAUUCUUUUCUCAGGCUGAGCCGCAGGGGUGUCCCGUUCAGCGGCUUGUUCUUGCGCGUCUCGAUCAUCAGACCAAUGCUGAAUUGCGCGACUCCCGAAUUGUUGCCCGAGCACGGCAGCAGCACGCUGAAUUCUGCAAAAAAGCAGGUUAAAUUUUUCUUACAUUAUUCUCGUGUUUAGAGGUGAUAAUUAAAGAAAAACUUAUUCUAAACCUACCCUUCUGCCGUCUGGGCACCCGACCCUUCUUGUUAAUCGUGAUCGAGGGCGUCUUCAGUAUCGACUCGUCGAACGACUUGAGCAGAUAGAAGUCGUAGUUGUAUUUCUUCACGCCAGACUUCCAGGUGAAGUUGACGUAGGACACCUCGUUAGGGAUUAUAGGCAGCUUGCUCUCGAACUCCGGGUCCAGCAGGUACGGCACCACUCGACCCUCGUCUAUCGCGUAGAUUUCCAUUUCGACACCUGCACCGAUCGCCAUACAUCAAUAUCACCGGAAACACUUCGCCUGAGAGAUCGCUAUCGUUCGCCAGCGAUAAAACGCGCGCAUACGUCCUGAGAACGUACGAUGACAUAAAAAAAAAAAAACUCACCACUGAACAUCUUGAUCUGCUGUCGAUCGAUCCAGAGUGUCAUGUCUCCGUCGGGCUUGUGUCCGUUGCCGGUCCGCCGGUGUCUGGCCUCGCAAUUGUAAUCGCUGAGCAAAACGAUCAGAACGAGCGCCGCCGAGGCCAGGGUCGGCCCAGCCCGCCGCUGCAUAUUAUAUUUCCAGUAUUGUACCCGAGAGACAGAGAGAGAGAGAGAGAGAGACUAUUAUACACUCGUUUUCGCACUCACACGCGCUGCGCUUGUUGUAAUACCGAUCUUCGGAAGCGAGAGGUGAAGAGAAAAUAUUGUAUACCGAUCGUCGCCGAUAUUUUUUAGUGGAGCACAGGAGCGCGUGUGCAGCAGACUCGGCUCGCUGAGACUGACUGACUUGACUGAAUGAGGAAAGGCUCCGUAUAUGCGGUCAGCUCGCGCGAGAGAGUAGAGAGCUACCCCUCUUUUCUCUUUGCUCUUAUGCGAGCUCUCCUGCUAUAUACUCCUUCGCGCAUAUAAUGCCGCCUGUGUGCACGUGUGUGUGUGUGUGUGUGGAUAGCCGAUGUUCUCGGCUGUAAGGAUAGCGUAUGCGAUUGUAGUGUCUUUAUAUUUUUUAAAAAUUUCUCCUCUAUACUGUUGCAGAUUUUGGAGCGCAUACCGAUACGAAGUGUUCGAAAAAAAUAAGCGGAGACGGAAGACAGCGGAGAAGGAUAUACACAUAUGUGUGCAGUAUAUACGCGCAUAUAUCGAGAACAAGUGGCAAACGAGAGAGAGAGAGAGAGAGAGAUGUAAAUUUAACUGAUCGGACAGACGGACAACUGCGCGAGAGAGAAGAUGGGAAGAGCCGAGAGAUCGGCGCAUAUGUGUGCGGAGAGUGAGACGCUUUAAUGGGAGAAAAAAAAAAGUCGAGGCGAGAGAAGCCGAAUGAGGUAGGAGAGCGCGUUAAAGAUACGUGUAAAAAAAGGUAAUGCGAAACUAUUACAGUCGCGUUUCGCGAGAGGCAUCUUCGAGCUGUACAUAUGCCCUUUUUGCUCUGUGGCUUUCAUAUCGCUGUAGCUCUCGACACUUGUUAUAAAAUCGUGUGUAUACAGACGCGCACACGUACACUUGCGGAAUCGCCGUCGCGCCGACUUGAUAAAUCACAUUCCCUCUCAGCUGUGAGAGUCGUUUCUUUAUUUUUUUUUUUUUUUUUUUUGUUCUGGAUCGGAAUAAUAUGCGAAAUCUGCGGCGAAAAGCUCGAGAGAUCUAUAAAUAUAGAUUUUUGUAAUUAUCGUUAAUCACACUUUAUAAAUCAUCGCGAAUUAUACGCUCGUGUGUACUUAUACACUUUGUAAAUCGAGUAGACGGCUAAUUUGUUCCCUGUAAGAUCGUUGGCGGGAUGCAGUCGAGCGUUAACACUUUUGAAAUAACGAUUUUUGAAAUAACGUCUCUCUCGCGGAGAAUCGCGGCUCUUGUGUAACAAAAUAUUUACACUCGCGCGAGGCCAUCAAAACAUCCCAUAAAACAUUCGUUUUCGGCUCCGCACGAUCGUAAAUCCGGUAGGGGCUACUAUCCGCUCCGUAUCUCCAUACAGCCAUACCCCGCGAUGACUCGAAGAAAACAUCUCUAUGUCUAUCCCCUUGAGAAAAGAGCCAACAAAAAAAAAAAAAAAAGGAAAGAAAUCAAUUUUCGA